AUGCGGAAGGAUAUUGUGGAGAACAUCGAAAUUGGAGUUGGGCAGCAUAUGGCUGAAAAUGUGCUUGCACUGCUUACAGGCCUGUUCUUUAUGUACACCUUCAUUACCGCCAAGAUCCUCUACACCUUCCUUUCUGCCGCUUCACUCAUUCUCAUGCAAGUGACUUGUGUCAAUCCCGCACCUGCGUUGAAGAGGGCUGGGGGUUUCUUCCAAGAACAGAAGAAGGGGAUGAUCAUGGUCAUCACUGGGCUGGUAUCUCCUUGGGUUAAGGAGAAGGUGUUUGUAGUGUCUGCCUUAACUUUUAAGGAUGUCAAGGACUUGAUCACUGGGACGUGGAGCUUGACUAUCAAUGUUGCAGUUGCCAUGCAGGUCUUAUAUGCACAGCCACUGCCUCUCAAGUGGGUCCAGAUGACAGCCCUCCAGCCAGGUCUUGUGGAACUGAAAUUGUCAUACCAAUCUUUGGAUGUUGUGGAGUUUACUAUCAUUAUCUUCACCAAGGUCUUGCUAGACUCGGAAACUUCAUCCAUGAGGUCUGUCGGAAAUUUCCCUGGUGCCUAA